CCUCUGUAACCAGGAAGAAGAGAGAAGCCCGCCCUCUGUAACCAGGAAACCAUUUUGAUUGAGGGAUAAAGAAAUCCCACUGAACCAACUGCGAAUGAUCCGGAGUUUGCCUGAGGAUGUCAGAUGUAGAUUGCGCUCAGGAAUUGCCAUUACAGGAGUCAGUCAGUGUGUGGAGGAACUUCUUCUGAACAGUGCUGAUGCUCGGGCAACGUGCAUUGCCGUACGGGUUGACCUUGAGAUCUUCAGGGUUCAGGUGGUAGAUAAUGGCUGCGGUCUGAGCCCAGAGGACAUGGAAAGGGUGGGGAUGAGAUAUUUCACCAGCAAGUGCCAUUCCCUGAAAGAUUUAGAAGACUUGCGAUGUUUUGGGUUUCGUGGAGAAGCGAUGGCCAGCAUGGCCGACGUGUGCAGCGUGGUGGAGAUCUCCUCCAAGCACAAACCUUCCGGAAAAACUUUCACCAAACUCUUCCAGAACAGGAAGCCAGUUCCGGUGCAGCAUGCUGAGACGACUCGCCCCAGCGUUGGUACCACCGUGACACUGUAUAACCUCUUCUAUAACCUGCCCGUGCGGAGGGGAUGUGUAGACCCCGUCCCGGAACUAGAAAGGAUUCGCCAAAAAGUAGAAGCAGUUUCUCUGAUGAAACCAGACAUCUCCUUUUCUCUGAAGAACGAUGCUCUGCACUCUAUGGUUCUGAAACUGCCUAAAACCCGGGACGUGUGUUCACGCUUCUGCCAGAUCUAUGGGCCGGUAAAAUCCCAGCACCUUCGGGAGAUCCGGCACACACAGGACAGGUGUGAGAUGGUUGGCUUCAUCAGCUCUGAAGGACACUACAACAAAGCUAUGCAGUUCCUGCAUGUCAACAGUCGGCUGGUGCUAAAAACACGAUUACACAAACUCAUUGACCUUCUUUUGAAAAAAGAGAGUGUGAUAUGCCGGCCAAAAGCCGGCCAAGCGGGACACACAAGCGGCAGCCCUGGCUUCCACCGGACAAGCGCGGAGCUGCACGGCAUUUUUGUACUCAAUAUCCAGUGCCCAUACCAGGAGUAUGACAUCUGCUUUGAGCCUGAUAAAACGCUGAUUGAAUUCCAGGACUGGAGCUCUGUGCUUGCGUUUGUGGAGCAGGGGCUGAAGAAUUUCCUGAAGAAAGAGAACCUGUAUUUAGAACCUUCGAAAGAAGAUGUCACUGAAUUUAAUCGGAAGCAUCACCUCAGUUUACCAAGCCGUGAAUUGUCACCAGACGGCAUUUCAGAGCCAGCGACUUCCACCAGCAAGUCGGCAUUGGAAAACUCGGACCCGGCCAGCCUGCGAUCAAAGUCAGUAUGUCGGAGGAAGGUGAUUUCACUGCAUGUGAUGGACGAUUCUGCGGUUGUGGAUAAAACUGACAUGAAGACGGCCAGCAGAGAAAAUAUUUCACUGACCUCACAGACCGUCACCGCGGAGAGAUUCGACUGUUCAAAGUUGAAUUCUGAUUUGACACCUUGCAGGACAGGAGGGCUGAACCUUGUGGCCGAUAGAGAAGAAGACAUGAAGCGGUGGUCUGGGCAGCAAAACCAACUCUGUAACGGUGAUGUCACAGCUGGCUGCUCCAGAUUGGACUCCUGUAAUAAUGACCAGGAGCUUGUCACCUCCAGGAGCUCUCUGGCACAUCAUCCAGGACAAUGCACUCCUUCCAACAAAAGUCUUAAUGCAGAACUGAAGGCAGAAGACCUCAACAGCUCAAAGCCUUCAUCGUGGUAUAUGCACUCUUCUGGGGGUGACCCUGGCCAUCCCUCUGCUGUCGCCUACAGGCCUUGUUCUCUGGAUUCAGUACACAGUGCGGUUGGGGAGAAGCAGCCAAAUGAAACUAUUCCUUACCGCGCUGACAGACUUUCAGUCAUUUCAGAAAGAAUGAGAGCUCUGGGAACAGAUCAUCCCACCGGUAUGACAAUUUAUGAAAUGGCCACCAUACCUCCAGAGCUCACAAAGAGGACCAAACCACUGACGCUGCAUCUGCCGCUGGGGGUAGGAUCUCUGGAUAAAUUCAAAAGAUCGUAUGGAAAGAAAGAGACCGGUGCCCUGGGACCGCAGCUCCCCUAUGAAACAGAGCUUGCCAGGGCAGAAGCUUCAUGUCCUUCAAUGGACCGCAUACAGCCAGCAUUACCAGAGACCGUGUUACACACAGAGGGGGAGAAGACGAUGGUGCGUGCCAGUCCUUUGACAUCCAGCUACGCCAGUUUAAGGGUAAAGGAGCCAGAAACUGCGAAACCUCACAGCUCGCUAUCAACUAAGUUGUGCCGGCUGAAAAGGGACACGGACCUGGCCUCUUUCCCACUGGAAAUCCGAUCUGGGGAAUUGCAGCUAAAAAAUGACGCCGACCACUCAACGGCAGACCCCCCUCAGAGCACAGCACCCUCCAGCGACAUUCAGACACAUGAAAAUGUCAAUAUGGAUGCAGUGAGCUUGGACUGUCAGCCAGAAAGAGAAGAACCAGAGCCAAGGCCGCCAGAGACGGGAACACACGUGGAAGAGAAAGAGGCAAAGAAUGUAUCCCCGGAAUGGCUGCAGCACUACGAGCAAACUCUGGGGAGGAAUGUCUUCAUCAACACCUGCACUGGACUCAGUACUUACAGCGCCCCGCAGGAAGACCAAACCGCGGCCUGCACCAAAGAUUUAUCCACCAUGUCUGUGAGGGUGGUCUGCGGUAACGGCUUCCAGUACCAAUGUCAUCCCUUUAGAAGUGAGCUGCUAGUGCCAUUCUUACCGAGACCCAGUACAGAGAGAGGCCUACCCAGCCAGAGAGGUGACGGAUCGCUGCAGACGCUGUACUCCGGGUGGCAGAAUCCAGUGUUUCCUCGACAUCCCGAGGUGGCGGUGGACAUCAGUAAGGAACGUUCGGACUCUCUGGCUGUGAAGAUUCACAACAUUUUGUAUCCGUAUCGAUUCACCAAGGACAUGAUCCUCAGCAUGGAGGUUCUGCAACAAGUGGACAAUAAGUUCAUUGCCUGUUUGGUUGACACGAAAACUGAAAGGAUGGAAGAGUCAGGUGGGAAUCUCUUGGUUCUGGUGGAUCAGCAUGCGGCACACGAGCGGGUGCGUUUGGAGCAGCUGAUUGCAGACUCCUAUGAGCCAUCAUCAGAAGACGGUGGAAGGAGAUUAAAGGUUUCCAGGGUGAGCCCCCCACUAGAGCUGGAUGUGACAGAAGAACAGAGCCGGCUCCUCAGGAUACGUGCCGGGGCGCUGCAGAGGGCCGGACUAACCCUUUCAUUCCGUGACAACUGCCCGUCCCGGGUCCUGGUCAGCGAGAUCCCCCAGUGCUUUGUGGAAAAGAAGGUCAGUGAAACACAGCAGAGGAGAGUGAUGGUGGCCAGGAAGAUGGUGGAGGAGUUUCUGCAGGAAGAGGUGCAGGUGAGUCUCCGGGACAGUGGGAAUCUCUUGGUUCUGGUGGAUCAGCAUGCGGCACACGAGCGGGUGCGUUUGGAGCAGCUGAUUGCAGACUCCUAUGAGCCAUCAUCAGAAGACGGUGGAAGGAGAUUAAAGGUUUCCAGGGUGAGCCCCCCACUAGAGCUGGAUGUGACAGAAGAACAGAGCCGGCUCCUCCGGAUACGUGCCGGGGCGCUGCAGAGGGCCGGACUAACCCUUUCAUUCCGUGACAACUGCCCGUCCCGGGUCCUGGUCAGCGAGAUCCCCCAGUGCUUUGUGGAAAAGAAGGUCAGUGAAACACAGCAGAGGAGAGUGAUGGUGGCCAGGAAGAUGGUGGAGGAGUUUCUGCAGGAAGAGGUGCAGGGGAGCAGUGUGGUGUGCAUGGGGAAGAGCACUGUGGUGUACGGCGUGAGGCAGUGCUGUGUAGGCGCAGUGAAGUUUAAUGAUCCUCUGAGUGCGGACGAGUGCCGGCAUCUGGUGCGCUGUCUGGCGCAGUGCUCCCUGCCCUUCCAGUGUGCGCAUGGACGCCCGGCCAUCCUGCCCCUCGCAGAUCUGCGCCACCUGCAGCCCAAGGACCAGGUUCCACCAAAGCCCAACCUGAGCCGCCUGCGGCGCCACUACAAAGCCUGGCAGCUAUUUGGGGCGGGGUCAUCUCGUGGCACGGAGCAGCCAAUCAGAGCAGAGACUCAUCCAGGACCACAACUGUCACAGGCUGAGUCGGAGCCUUAA